CAGAUCAUGAAUAUUCAUGAUCCUCCAGUGAUCCAAUCCCUGCAGACAACAGCUGCAGAUGCCCCUUGCAUCACAGCACGCUGCACUACCACACCGGUGAGGAGUCCCGCCCCCCGUCACACACAGUGUGCGUGUACCGUGGAUGCGUCACGGCCAGGAAGCUCGAAUCUCCUGCAUCAGUCUGCCAAGAGGAAAUUUGUUGCUGACAUUGUUUUUGGGGGGGGGAGGUUCCAAAAUACUUGAAAUUGAGUGGCAAACCUGCUUGAAAUUUUGUGUGUGGCUGCCCUGUGUUUGCCUUUUCAAUGCAUUUUACCAUGUUCACAUUGGAGAGAGGAGCCUCCUAGCAUUGGCUUCGGUUUUUUUCUCUUUAGCCUCACUAGCAUUUGACGUGGGAUGUGCAGUUUUGUUGUUUCUCGUGAAUGUGGCUUCUCUUGAGUGACAGGACAAUUGUCUGUGGUUGAGUAAGAGGCUGAGCACCGCUUCAGUGAGGGCCAUCCAAACAUUGAAUCAUCACCUCCCAGAAGUAGAGAGAGAAACAAAACACCAAGAUGCCUGUGAGUAGACAGACAGCCCACACUGUGGUCACUGACUCCACAGCCUCAACAUGAAGGUCAGAGAUGCAUCGGGAACUAGCCGGCAUGGCUGGAAUGGCUUUCGCAGGCCGUGGGCGUGUAGCCUGCGCCAUCGAUGCUGUUUCAGCUAUGCUCAGCUGAUCAGUCAACAUCCCCUCUUACUCUGCUUGGCCAUUGUAGUCUGCGUCAUUGCCUCAGGCCUGUCAGCCUUCUUGCUGUAUGACCUGCCUGACUUUUCGGAUCCAGUUGCUGGUUUCGAACCACGGGGUACAACCAUAAGUCAGCGGUCUGUCACAUGGCAGAACAUACUGGACCAAACCGGGGCCAGUCAGCUUCUCUCUGUCUACCCGGCGCAUGGCGGCCGCCAUCCCAGCAGCCGGACAGAGGGUCCUCCCCUGCUGCUGCCACCCUCCACCCUGCCUAACGUGUCCACUAUCGCCUCUGUUUCCACGACCUCACUGCCGGUCACACCGGGCACUGCGGAGAGUUCCUCAGUGGGAGAUGGGCUUGGGGGUGCAGCCUCUGGGGUGGACGACAGCGACAGCAGCAGCUCCAGUGAAUGGCAGGAGCUGUACGAUGGGGAAUUGGCGAGUGGAUACGAGGACGUGAAUGAGUCAUUCUUCUGCUUCAACCCCUCCAGGGAGUAUGCCCGGAUAGUGUUUGAACCUGUCCACUCCAGUAAUCUGUUCACCUUACGGGGCCUGCAGUCAAUGUGCCAGCUGGAAAAAGGCAGUGUCCGCCAACAUCUGCAGUUUAUGAGGAGCUGCUACACAAACCGGGCUGGGGACUGCUGCCGCAGCUGGUCGCUGGGCAACUAUGUGGCGCUGCUGAGCAACCGGUCCAGCUGCGCCGAGAUCACGGCAGACGAUGUAGCGGCUACCCGGGAGCUUCUGCAGAAGUGCGCCCACUUCUACCGCAGCCGGAGCCUGCGGCCAGACUGCUGGGAGGCGCGGGACUGGCGGCCCUGCCCAUCCAACAUCCACCGGGACUGCAUCCGCCAGGACGCCGUCUACUCCGUCUUGCACUACCUGGCCGACGUGGAGUUCCUGAGCGUGGAGAAGCCCAACAAUGUGCAUGUGCGCAAUGCCAUGGUUAUCCUCCCUGUGCAUGCUGGCAACGACCUGCGGCCAAUCUACGAGGACAACUUUCGAGACAAGGACGUGGAGGACUCGGAAGUGCGUGUCUCGGGAUUGUUCUUCAACCUGAAAUAUGAUCUCUUUGAGGAGUAUCUAACAGCUGAGGCACUGUAUCCAUGUUUGGGAGUGGUCAUCAUCAUCCUGCUGAUGUGGAUGUACAUUGGAUCAUUGUUCAUCACUGUCAUGACAGUGCUUAGCAUGGCCAUGUCGCUCAUUCUUGCAUACUUCUUCUAUCGAGUCAUCUUUGGUAUCCCUUUCUUCCCGUUCAUGAACCUGACCACAGUCAUUCUUCUGGUUGGGAUCGGAGCUGAUGACGCCUUCGUGUACUGCGACAUCUGGAAGCGCACUCGCCGAGACCACGUCAACAGCCCUCACGUGCUGGUGGUCUUGGACACGCUGCGGCACGCCGCCGUGUCCAUGUUUGUCACCAGCCUGACCACGGCGUCCGCUUUCUUUGCCAACACCAUCAGCAGUAUCACCUCCAUCAAAUGCUUUGGCGUUUUCGCGGGGACGACCAUCCUCAUCAACUGUUUUUUCACUGUCACGUGGUUGCCUGCCAUUGUCACACUUUACGACCAUUACUUUGACAGCUUCUGUUCUUUUAGGAGAGACACAAGGGAGUACAGAACGUACAGGUGCAAACAUUUGUGGUACACUCGUAUCAUUUGCUGCAUGCACAAAAUUAGUUACUCUGUCAGCGAGUGGUCGCGCAUCUUCUUUGACAAGAUUUUACCCUGCGUUGUGGUCAAACUGCGGUACAUGUGGCUGCUUACAUUGAGCACACUAACACUUGGAGGGUUCAUUCUCAUUUUCUUAAACCCAAAGCUUCAAUUACCAACUCUACCAGAGUUCCAGUUGUUUCGUUCCUUGCACCCGUUUGAGCGAUAUGACUUUGUCUACAAAGAGAUGUUCUGGUUUGAAAAAGUCAAUAGCACAGGAUCACAGGGUUAUGCUCAUUUGCCUUUGACCAUUGUCUGGGGUAUCCUGCCCAAAGAUAGCGGCAGUCCCCUGGAUCCGGACAACAGGGGCACCAUCACGUUUGAUGAGACAUUUGACGUUGCUCUGCCGGACUCCCAGCAGUGGCUUGUAAAAUUCUGCGCCAGGUUGCGCAACCACACUUACUACUUUCCAACCUCAGGGCUGCAAUUCAAAAACUGUUUUAUAGAGAGCUUUAGGACUUGGAUGCAGACGAGAAGCUGCCUCGACCCCGAAACGGGGGAAGACCACAGACCGUGCUGCCAGGAAAGCACAUUCCCAUAUCCUCAAGAAGUCUUUAAGAAAUGCCUCAAAGAGGCAGUCCGUAUACUGUAUUAUAAGUACCCCAUGGCCUUCUUGAAGAAUACCCCUGGGCCUCGUUUCAGUGGCCCUGAAGACAAAAUUGUGGCUGCCAUUGUAGAGUUUGACAGCACACAAACUUUUACGUACUCUUUUGAAAAUAUCAAGACAUUUUGGACUAGAUUUGAGGAAUGGGUGACCUCGGAAAUGAGGGAAGCUCCGCCGGCCAUGAGGCAAGGAUGGUUCACCAGCUCCCUGGAUUUCUACGAUCUCCAGGACAACUUAGCCCACGGGACACCCAUUGCCCUGGGAAUGUCCAUCAUAAUCUCCUCUUGCGUCAUGUGCGUCACCACCCAGAACUUCCUGAUUAGCCUCUAUGCCAUCCUCUCCAUAUCUGGCACCAUAUGCGUCACCAUUGGGGCGCUGGUGCUCCUGGGCUGGCAGCUCAACAUCCUUGAGUCAGUCAUCCUGUCUGUGGCGGUUGGGCUGUCGGUGGACUUCACAGUCCACUAUGGCGUGGCCUACCGUAUCGCGCCAGAGAAGGACAGGGAGUCACGGGUGGUGUUCUCCCUGGGUCGCAUGGGAUCGGCCAUCACCAUGGCUGCGCUGACCACGUUCGUGGCUGGCGCCUUGAUGAUGCCCUCAUCCGUCCUGUCCUACACCCAGAUGGGCACCUUCCUGAUGCUGAUCAUGGCCAUCAGUUGGGUCUUCUCCACCUUCUACUUCCAGUCCCUGUGCCGCACCAUCGGCCCCGAAGGGUCUCUGGGACAGUUUCCGCUCCUGGGCAAGUCCUGCUGUGCACGGAGGAAGAACACUGUCAGGGCGGCCGAGGAUUCGGAGGCCAUCCAUUCCCACUCCUCAGAGGUGGCCAGCUCAGCCGAGUCGCACGAGCUGGAGCCCCUCAGCUCUUUUGCAGCAUCAGAUCUGAGCUCUGCUGCGCCCAGCACCAGCUCUCUGGGCACUUGUAGUAAAUUCCCCCGCCACCUCAAAGUGGCCCCCCAUUGCCCGCACCACGCCGCCCGGCCCAGACCGGACAGACCACUGGUCCCUGUGUCCAGCAGGCCUGCCCAUUCGGAGGUGAUAUGGGAGGGAACCGGUGGGUUUGUCACCCGGCUCUACCAGCCUGUGCCUCAGAGCGAAUCAUCCUCGGCUGUCAUUCUGCCAAACAGGAACCCAAACAUCCCUGAUAUCUGGGUGAAAAUGUGAUUUUCAAUGAAAUGCAUACUGUGCAAAGAUUUCUUUGAUUCUUGAUGAUGAUGGUUGACUUUGCUUAGAGGCAGAAACACAAUCUCGAUAGAUCAUGGGUAAAAUGGAUGUUUCAACUAAUUGGGAGAUGCAAUUAUCCUUUUGCUUGGCAGAGAGAAAUAAUCUGGGCAUUUUGUUUCCGCACAAUUCAUAAUGGAACAGCUACAUGUAAAUGUAUCUUAAAGGUACAGCCCAUCAUUUGCUCAUAUGAGGCGACAAUAGUGUUCCAAAUCUAAAGGUGCUUUAUAACUAACCUUUUGAAGUUUAAGCUCAGUGAAUGAUGUACAUGUAUAUUCUGAGAAAACCAAUGUUCUAGGAUCUCAAUUUCAAAUGACAAAUGCGGGACUGUGCCUUUAAUCACAUCCUCCAGCCAGGCAGAAGAAACAACUGUAACGUCCUGUUUUUGUGGUCAGAGGUAUUGAUCUCAAUAUUUAUGUGAAGAAAGUUGAAACGAAAAGAAUGAAAUACCGGUACUUAAAGAAAUUGCCAUUAUUAUGCUGGGUUGAACAUGCACUUGCACAUGGAAGUGAGGCAGAAAUAUUGUGUCGUAGCAAGUUUUUCUUUUUAAAAUCAUGUAGUUUUGCUGACGUUUUCUAUACAAAAUCUUGCAGGGUCUUGGGGUUAUAUUAGUCUCAUUGCAUAGUUGUUAGGUUUCAGGUGGACUUUUGUUUUUGCCAAGUCCUCGUAAGUCCAUCACAAGUCGAGUCAUUCUCAUGUGAGAAGUUAUUCCAGUGGACUGUACAUGUACAUGCGGGCUGUGAUGAGCAGACGUACACCGUGCCCACUCACUAAGAAAUAGCAGAAAGGCCGGGAAGACCGCUUAGUUCCUGCCUCCAGAAUUACCAGUGGAGGGAUCUAGAACAGUCUACCGGAACAUGUUCAUACAUGUAUAUGGUACAUGUCCCCUUGCUUAUGGGCACACCCGGUAAUGGUUAACUGGUAUUGUCGGCCCUAUGGGCAGGCUUUACUAGGUACAUGUACUUGUGCAUUCCUGAAACCCACAACAAAGUGUGUUCUUUGUUCAUCCCCUGUUAAAUAUGGCCCUUUUUUUUUUAUAAUUUGACUGAGAACAACUUGUAAUGUAUUUGACUACUUACACCGCAUGCCAAAACCUAAUCAAACUGGCCACCAUGCAGUGCCGGCAUCGAUGUGCGUCAUGGGUACGUGUAUAUCCCUUUAAAAGCUAGUAAAAACUUCGGAAUCAAUUUCUGACCUUUUUUGCAGCAACUUCGGUCACACAGACAGUAAAGUGAAAACUGCACUGCUUUGUCUGUCACAGGCACCUGUGACUGUUGCAUUUAUACCCCUGUUUGCCAAGGUAAAGACGCAAAUCUACAAGAAGUGAUUUACCUGUACAUAUAUGCAUGUACCCCAACUGUCAUGGCAUUUCAUAGCCUUGCUUACAUGUAAGCAUGCUGCUAUGGUAGAGUAAUGCACUCAAUUCCAGUGGCAUGAUGCUUCAAAAAGAUCUGAAGAAUGACUCAAUUUGCAUGCGGUGCUAAAUACUUUACAUGGGCACUGAUGCUCGGCAUACAUAUACAAAAAAAUGUGCGACACUUCGCCGGGGGGAGGGAGAAUCAAUGGAGGCAGCAACAGAAAAAUAAUCAAGAACCAAUUUCAGAAAAAUUUAACUAUAUGAGCUCAGAUUUGUAGAAAGAAUGAUUGUCCAUUACCAGAGUGAUUUUUAUAACACCAUUCUCCCCUAUUUAAAGCAGUUUUGGGUUGCAGCUGUUUUGUGUAUUUGGGCUUUUAAAAAAAUGUGUUUUGUACAAAAAUGCUAGUCUUGCAAAAUGUCAAUCUACAUGUAGGUGAUGGAACAUAAGGUAAGAUUGGACAUUUGUUUUUUGGUUGGAAUGCUUUGAUUUGUAAUGUUCACUGUCUACAGAUGUACAUGUAGGGUUGCAACAGGGUCUUCAAUUACUUGAAGGUUUUGUAUUUUAAUGAUUAUGAAUUGGAACAUGCAGGCAAAGGACUGUCUAAAAUGUUGAGAUAGCCAUUGUUAACAACUCUGAAACUAUAUUGGAAAUUGUAUUGGAUGCAUUGUGUUGCAUUGCACAUUGCCGAUUCUUACUUCCCUGCAGUGCUGUAGUGGAAUUCAUUCACCGUGGUCCACUCACAAGUGGAGGUGAGGUCAUGACCAGGGUAUUGCUUGGCCUUCCGCAACUCUGCCUGGUCGGUAUCAUGCCAGUGAUGCACAAUGGCCUCAUCUCGUUCAAAAAUGUAGCUGGACAGCUAGGAACAGAACAAGCCAAAUAGAGACUGUUGUUGAAGUGUCUGAAGAAGUGGAAAGAGUGCAGCUGCACAUGAUGCUUCAAGGGUGAAAUCAUCCAAGAACAGGAGCCACACCUACAAAACUACAGAUAAAAACUUUGUUACUUAUGUCUGAAUUUUUCACAUUUUCUGAAGUAACACAGUUGCAAGCCUAAAAUUUAGAGAAAAAAUUGCACUCAUUUUGAGAUCGCUUGUGCGAAUGUCCUAUCUUGAUAUCCAUAGGAUUAUUUCUCUGAAAGAACCCUCUGCAUAGUAUAUGAAUAAUGUGAAAAUCACACACCUGUGUCAGAUCUGGCUCUGCCUCCUCCUCUGCAGCAUCUCUGUGCAGUGCUACUGUCCCCUGACUGACUUUCCCCCAGGCCGGCUCCUUCACCAGUGGUGAGAACGGAGUUCAGAACCUUUCCAAACUCAUUCUGGAACUUUUUCAUUCAGGCCUCUGUUUAACCAGUAUAGUACUUCAGGGUUAAGAAAGUCUGUUAGGAAUCUUGACAAAAGUGUCAGAAAAAAGUUUAAAAAGCUGUGCUUAAACCUGAUCGGGGGUAACGCAGUUUGCACAAGUGAAACUUACCAAGACUAGUCGUAAGUAACGUGGGGAACAGUGGAAAAAGAAUGCUUAUGUCGCAUUUUAUUUGAAAACAUGGAGCUAGCGACUUUGGAGAAGACGAAGUGACUAAGUUUGGCUUGUAAUGGUCUGGGGAUGAACUUGAAUACAACACUGCUUCCCUGUAGCAUGAUUGGUCUAAUUCUCAGGCGGGCAUUAACGCAGUGCAUGCUGUUUACAUGUACCAGUGUCAGUAUUUGAAUUAGUGGACCCGGUGUCAGAGGUUUUAAGUACACAAAUUAACCAGGCACAGCUAUUUGAAGUCCAAGAAAAUGCCCAUAUAUCUGGUAGCGCCCAGUUUAAUAUACUGCAUACUCCCAUGGAUGCCACUGAAUAGUGGCUGUAGCCAUUUCCUGUGGAUACUGGUGUUAACAGCAGCCGUAGCCCAGCUACAUGUAUUUGGACACGGCUCAGUAAUCAAGUAAGAGAGGUAGUACUCAGACUUGCCAACUAGGUAAAAACUCAGGAAAGUUCAAGAGAUGACCGUACAUCUCAUCAGACUGCUGGUCUAUUGCUUCUCUCUCAUGCGCUCAUACGCAGUACUGUCCUACUCAAAGGAGGAUAUACUCAAACCGUUUGGGAAUCCCAUCGUCCGUCACUCAUUGUUUGGCAUUGGUUGCCACUCUCCCUGCAUUACUCACUGAACAUGACCUUUGUCUUCUGGCUGAAUGUGCAGCAGUUAACCAAUUCUGUCCAGGUCAGUAGUUCACUUAGUACUCAGUUACAAAAAGUCUACUGAUUACCGGUGAUGCAGGCGUGCUGUAGGGUCAAGUUCCAUAAUGGUCAACUAGAUAGUCCAACCAUCCACAGUUCGAGUGACAUUAGUCAGACUAUAGGUAACUACAUUUAUAUACUGUUGUCACUUGAACUUGGCCAUAGCUGGCAGUGUGUGAUGUGGUUAAGUUUAAACUAGGGAGCUACAUGUAUUUGCCAAAUAGAAUGUAGACAUAAAUUGACUGAUAUUGUGAUUAUGAUGCUGUUAAUUGUAUUGAUAGAGAAUAGCAUUAAUUGCAAAUGAAUGUAGACAGCAUCCAUGUACAGAAUCACUAGAAUUGAACGGAUCUUUUCUUCUGAAUUCUGUACACUAAUACUGAGCUGCGGCUGGGCGUAUUUCAUUCUGCUUUACUACUUCUAAUUGCAUGUAUGUCAUAAGCCCAUGAAAACAGUAGUCAGAAACCUUUUUUGAUGCCAAAUUGUUAUUUAAUUGUAUGAAAAGCACACCUUCACUCUUGUAAAUAUAAAAUAUUUAUAUUUGACUGCUUUGGAAUCAACUCACAGCAAUGCAAGCCUCAUUAUAUCUUUCUCCACAAGCUUUCACCUUUACUAUCAAAUAUGAUGUGUAUAUUUUGUAUCCGCAUUUCAAUGAGAAAAAUCAUGCCAAUAAAAUGAUCCAUGAAUUCAAUUAA